CCCCUUCUCAUUCCCGCCUCAUCACACUCCUCUAGCCUGGCUUUCUCUCUCUCUCUCUCUCUCCCUUGCUCUCCCUCAUCUCAUUGUUUCAGAGUAGGCCAAAUUUGAAGUCCUUCCCAGGGAGUGGCCCUGUUCAUCUUAUUCUCCAGCCAAAGUAGAAACAGCGUGAGAAGGAGAGAGGCCCAUUCGGCAGCUGAAGGACUCGGUGGACAGAGCAGAGGAAAAAAAUACACAAUAUGCUGCUCUUGGGACCCAAGGUGCUGCUGUUCCUCACUGCCCUCAUCAUCCCCUCUGACUGGACACCACUAGGAGUCAAUGGUCAACGAGGAGAUGAUGUGACUCCAGUGACUCUAGAGACAUUCACCGAAGAUCCUAAUCUGGUGAAUGAGCCCUCUACAGAUGAAACAGUUCUGGCUGAUAUCGAGCCUUCCACAGAUGACCUGGCUUCUCCUGCUGAUAAAAAUACCACAACAGACUGCCGGGAUGAAAAAUUUGCUUGCACGAGACUCUACUCUGUGCAUCGGCCAGUCAAGCAAUGCAUUCAUCAGUUAUGUUUCACAAGUUUACGACGUAUGUACAUCAUCAACAAUGAGAUCUGCUCUCGUCUUGUCUGUAAAGAACACGAAGUUAUGAAAGAUGAACUUUGCCGUCAGAUGGCUGGUUUACCCCCAAGACGACUCCGUCGCUCCCACUACUUCCGACUUCCACCCUGUGAAAAUGUGAAUUUGCAGAGACCCAGCGGUCUGUGAUCACAAAGGAAGAGGAAAGAAUAAUGUGUGGGUGGGAGGAAGUGAAUGCCCUAACAAGAGGGAACUCCUUCUUGUCCAACCAUUGUCCGCUAACCCAUAGACAUUAGUAUUUCUUAAACCAAUCCCUUUGCAGUGCCUAGCUUUUGCCUCCAUUCCCUGACUGAUAACAAAGUGUGUAUUAUUGCAUGGUUUUGCUGUUUCUCAAUAUCAUAGACGUAGAUUAAUGAUAACCAUGUGGCUUAUAUACAAACAUCCUAUACACAAUUUCAAAGGAAAAUAAACUUUAGGUUAAUAUUGACCGUUGAAUCUGUCUGAACUAGAUCUUAGGGAGGAAGAAGCUGUUGCUGUCAAUUUUGGCUGGCCAUAGAACUCCUUUUUUUUUUACAUUUUCAAGAGCUUCCUAGAUUAACAUGUCAUUCAUUUAUAUAGUCUUUUUUACUCUUAUUUUAACUAUUUUGUUGGAUUUGCCUGCUCCGAUUUUUCAGAAGAGUCAUGGUAAUUUUUGUAGUCCUAGAGAAUUCUCCAGAACAUAGAGCUACACAAUCCUACUGGCAACACAUAAAGACCCAAGAUGAGGUCUGCUGUGUUCAGAGGCCAAGGAUAAAGAGAUAGGAGGAGUAAGCUAUGUAUGGAACUGGGACUCAUGGUUCCCUGUUCACUUUUUCAUGUAGUUGUCCAACUGGCAGAUAGGGAUACAAAGUCCCAUUUGCUUGUUUUUGGUCAUAUGGGGGUUAGCCCACCAUCUCAAAUUAGACAAUUUAAUGUGAAAUCAUUUCUGAGUUUGGUCAGGGUUUUCCUGAUUUGUCGCUACUUCUUUCAUCAUCAUCACUAAACAAAAUCUGUAGAAAUUACCAUGCAAAUGGACUCCAGAAUAGCCUGAUUUGGUGCUUAAGAAGAGCAUUCAGACUUAAAUUUUAAUAGGCAGGCCAAGUUUGCCAAAUGGUUUAUAAGAAAGAGUAAAACACAAUAUUCACACAACCUACAUUUUUAUGUUGGCUCUAGCAGUAACCUGGUAAACCAGUAAACUAGGUUUAAUUUCCCAUCUUUAAUAUGACAAGGUUAGAUUUAUGUUGAUUCUAAGGUAUCUUUUCGUUCUGUGAUUCUCAAGAUUUAAGCGUAUUAUUCGUAUUUCUUGGAGCCUAGAUGCAGUCUAAUUCAUAACCACCAUGUCUGCUUAUAAGAGGAGAAAUUUCAUGUUAAGACAGCAGUCCACAACAUAACAGAAAAAAAAUCCUAUUAUAGGUUACUGAUUACACACUGUAGCUGCUUCUAUUUGAAUAACUUAAUAACCCUCCAAAGAAGCCCACAAAAAUCAAUGGAAGUAAGAGACUUUGAGGCAAGUUACACACUCAGAAUUCCUCUCUGCUUGGUAGGGUUGAAUUCUUUUCCUCUUGAAAGAAAACUAUGUAAAUGAGCAUCAGAUUUUGCUAUUAAGAAACAAUUUAGUUUAAUAGGAUUUGCACAACUGAUUAAAGAGAAAUGCUAGGAAAAGACCCAAAGCGUGUAAUCUCUGCUCUAUAGCUUCUAAAAGUAAAUAUCCUCAUAUAUAAAUAGAUUUAUUAAGUGGAUAUUAUACCCACUGUAGAGAAAUCUCAACAGGCACAGAAUUUCCAAGAAUGAUUUAAGAAUCUCACCAUGAACAUGACCCUCCUACCAUAUAUUGAAUGAGGUGGCAUUCCCACCACAAAGCACCUCAAUCCCAGUAUUGUGUAUAUUGCAAAUUAAACAUUUUAAAAUAAAUUUUUCUUUAUUCCUUUU